CACAAAGUACAACAACAUAUACAUUCGAACAUAUUCAUUCUCCUGCGCCCAACCAACCCUUCAAAUUAACUCCGUUCAAUCCUUGAAUUCCGUUAUUCCGUUAGGGUUGGUGAACAGAAAAAAAAAAAUGGGAAGCGAUGGCGUGAGAAAACCAAGAUUUUUGUGCCUUCAUGGGUUUCGAACAAGCGGAGAAAUACUGAAAACGCAGUUACAUAAGUGGCCACAAUCCGUUCUUGACAACCUUGAUCUUGUUUUUGUGGAUGCUCCUUUUCCUUGCGAAGGAAAAUCCGAUGUCGAAGGCAUUUUCGAUCCUCCUUACUACGAGUGGUUCCAGUUCAACAAGGAAUUUACAGAGUACACAAACUUUGAUGAGUGCCUUAAGUACAUUGAGGACUGCAUGAUCAAGCACGGACCUAUUGAUGGACUUCUAGGUUUCUCACAGGGAGCGAUAUUAUCAGCUGCGCUGCCGGGUCUUCAGGAGAAGGGUGUGGCACUGACGAAGGUUCCGAAGGUGAAAUUCAUUGUUAUUAUAGGAGGGGCAAAGUUUAGGUCACCUUUUGUGGUGGACAAAGCAUAUUCUCCUCCCAUUAGCUGUCCCUCUCUUCAUUUUCUAGGUGAAAUAGAUUUUUUGAAAAAAUAUGGAAUGGAACUAUUAGAAUCCUGUGUUGAACCCGUGGUGAUUCACCACCCAAAAGGACACACAAUACCAAGAUUAGAUGAUAAGAGCAUGACGACCGUGAUGGAUUUCAUCGAAAGGAUUAAGAAAGAAGUCUCAAUAUAAGACAUGAGUUUAGACAACGAGCCAUUGCUUCAAAAUGAUUUUGAAAAUAAAUUUUCAUUUUAACAUCAAGUAAUAAUAGCUAGCAUUAGUACUCGCACUCUUAUUCAAUUUUGUUACUGGUUUAUAAAGGGUCAUAUUUCAGGCUCUAAGCCAAUUGUCAUACCUUCACUCUGAUCUUCCCAUAUCUUCGAUAUUUUGGUUUAUGUA